AUGGCGCAACAACCCCCAUUCAAGCGACCGCCCCCGACCCAGGGCUACGGGAUGGUAUCGUUUCCGGCCAGGCACAUCAUGCUGGUGGUCUUCAACCGGCCCAAGAUGCUCAACGCCAUGACCAGCAAGGGAGAGUACGAGCUGGAUGCCCUCUGGGAGUGGUACGACCAAGAGCCCUCGCUACGGUGCGCCGUUGUGACGGGAGCAGGCCGUGCCUUUUGCGCCGGCAUGGACCUCAACGAAUGGAACCAGAUCAACCAGAGGAGGAGGGACGGCAUCCCAGAGGAGCGGCCCAUGGACCCGCCCGUGAAUGGCUUUGGCGGGCUCUCGCGGCGGUACGGAAAGAAGCCCAUCAUCGCCGCCGUGAACGGGAUUGCGUUCGGUGGAGGCUUUGAGAUUGUGGCCAACCUCGACCUCAUCGUCGCAGCCAAGAGUGCUACCUUUGCGCUCCCAGAGGCCAAGAUUGGAGUCGUAGCCAAUGCCGGCUCUCUGCCGAGGCUAGCCAGGACCAUUGGACGACACAGGGCCACGGAAAUGGCGCUUACGGGGAGGCCCAUCACGGCCCAAGAAGCCAAGGAGUUUGGCCUGCUCAACGCCAUCACCGACGACGCAGCUCCAGACUGUGACAUCCUCGAGCGUCCAGUAGUGAAAAAGGCCCUCGAGUACGCCACGGCCAUCGUCAGCAACAGUCCUGAUAGCGUCAUCGUGUCCCGUGCCGGCAUCCUCUCUGGCUGGGAACACGGCAGUGCGGAGAACGCGGUCCGCCUGCACCGAGAAACGUGGAACGCUACCAUGGACAAUUGCCACAACUUUCACGAGGGCGUGCAGGCCUUUGUGGAAAAGAGGGCCCCGAGAUGGGUGGACAGCAAGCUAUGA